ACAUUAGAUGUAAAAGGUAAAAGAAACAAUUAUGGAAACAAAUGGAUGAUUCAAACAGAAUCUCAGAUGUUGAUUGAAAACGAAAGAAACCAAAAUUUUCACAAAUUAAAAUGAAUUUUGAGUUAGUAGUGGUAUAUAUACAAAGUUUGUUUUGCAUGUUUAGCACACACCGCUUAACCUCACAAGUCAAGAACACCACCACCAUUCGAAACCUCUCUGAAGCGUUGCGUCUCUAGGGUUUAUCCAGGGUUUGUUCUUCUUCUCUAACAGAAGAAGAAGAACUAAUGGCUUCUUCCAUUGUUGGAUUAACCGAUCUUGCAAGAUCACUCAUCGACGCUGGAAACAGACUUCUCAAACCUCCUCCUUCAGCUGACGAGCUUCUUGCUCUUCUCAACGAAACUGAGUGUCUGCUUAGAGAUGUGGGGCAAGGCCAGCCCUUGUCAAUGCAACACGCUCUGAUCCCAUCCAAGAAUGCUUUGGUGUCAAGUGGACUCUUGACACAUCCUGACUCCGAGGUUAGGGUCUCGCUUGCGUCAUGCUUAACCGAGAUCGUGAGGAUAACUGCUCCUCGAGCUCCUUACGGUGAUGAUCAAAUGAAGGAGAUCUUUCGCUUGACGGUUGAAGCUUUUGAGAAGUUAGCUGAUGCAUCCUCCUCUCGCAGCUAUGGGAAAGCUGAGUUUGUUCUUGAUAUUGUAUCAAGGCUCAACUCUUGCUUGGUCAUGUUGGACUUGGAGUGCGAUGACCUCGUUCUACAAAUGUUUCGCAUCUUCUUGAAAGUCUUAAGAUCUGAUCAUCCUUCGGUGGUGCCUUCUUCGAUGGAGAUGAUAAUGAUUACAGUUAUAGAUGAAACCGAUGAAGUAUCCACAGAUCUGCUUGAUACUCUAUUAACUAGUGUCAAGAAGGAAAACAAGAAUGUUUCACCAAUGUCUUGGAGUCUUUCGGAGAAGGUUCUUAGUAGAUGCGCCCGUACACUUCAACCAUACAUCAUCAAAGCUUUGAAGUCUACAGGGACCAGCUUUGAUUUGUAUUCUCCAGUAGUUUCCUCCAUAUGCCAGACUGUUUUUGCAACUCCUGAAGUCCACAAUCCAGUUAACACCAAAGAUAAUGAGGACAAACUGGGCUCCAAGAGACCUGCGAGGGAAGGAACAAUCCGAACCAGUGGGAGUGACAAAGUAAGAAAGGGAAACAUUCUGAAGCAAGAAGUGCAGUGUGAAGGUAAAGAUGCAGAAACAGAUUUAAGGAUUAGAGGGAAGAGAGGAAGGAAACCCAAUUCAUUGAUGAAUCCUGAGGAAGGUUAUGAUAUUGAUUGGCUUUCAGGGAAAAUAGAUGCAUUGAAGACAUGUUCAAACAAAAAGCUUAUUAGAGCAUCACCAUCAUCACUUGGAAAGGUGGCUGCCAGGAAAACACCUCCGGCCCUGACUGGUUCAGUUAAACGAAGCCGAGUUAGUAUUGGUGAGAGUGAUAAUGAUUCAGAUUCUCUUUCUUCAUCAGAAGAAGAUGAGAGAAAGAUUAAAAGUUCAAGCAAGAAGAAGAAGAAGCCAGUAUUUAAACCUAAGGGUGUGAGCUCCAGCGGAAAAAGAUCAUCAGCUCGCUCAGAUACUAAGAAGAAGAAGAAGAAGUCUUAUACGGAUGAAUUUGGGGUGGGUUUGGUCGGUCAGAGAGUUAAUAUCUGGUGGCCCCUCGACAAGACUUUUUAUAAAGGCGUCAUAAUGUCUUAUUGUAGUAUCAAGAAGAAGCAUCUGGUAUUAUAUACUGAUGGAGUAACAGAACAGCUUAAUCUCAUUAAAGAACGCUGGGAGUUACUUGAGGAUCUCACUUCUUCUGCCAGUGAGCAGGAUAUGGAAAGUGAUCUAGUCAAGAAAAGCGGAAACACUAGUCCCUCAGCUAUAAGAUCCUCCAGUAGACCAUUUGUGAAGAAGGAUUCUGGCAAAGCAAGAGAAGGAAAGAAUCUCAAAUCGUUGAAUGGUGAAAGUGACAGAAGAGAAGAGCAGGAAGAUGUGGACAGUCAAAGCGAGGAUGAAUAUUAUAAUAGUGAGAAGCAAGAACAGUCCGGAAACAAAAGUGGUGAGAGCUUGAAAGUGGCUGAUAGAGAAGAGAAGGAAGAUCCAAGGUCAGAGACUGAGAGUGAAAGAGAAGGCUCGGAGUCAAAAGAGCCCAAGUGGAGAGAAACAGAGAAUACGGAGGACGAAGCAGAAGAGGUUGAUGAUGAUAAAGUGAGAAGCACAAGGUUGCGUGAGACUGAGAAAGACGCUGAUGAAGAUAGAGAGUCUUGAAACUGGAGUUUAUACUUAGGGCAUUGUGAGCAAAAACCAUUUUUAGAUAGAUUCUUUCUGAUUCUAGACUCUCUGUAUUUUUUUUUUCUUUGUUACACACGAGAUUGUUUUUUGAACUAGUUUGAGAGAUAUGGCAUCACCUGGUUUGUGUUGUGUCAA